ACGUCGAGUAGGAGGAGCCGAAGCGUUCGACUGGCCUUUUGUCUGGCACCAAACCUGCUCAGUCCUGAAAAUUUAUUCUAAACCAACAUCGUACUUUCAUACGCAUUUCAACAAAAGCCGAGUACUGACCUACCACCUUGGACCGUCUGCCAUGCGAAACUGCCGACAGUAACCCAGAAUAGUCGGAAAUUGUGACGAGUUUAGAAAGCAACAACUUAAUUCAAAAGGUGCUAUACACCGGUAAAAAAACCCGCUUGCAUUGGAGUAACAAGCUUAAUCCUAACUCCGCUUUGACUAUAAGUUUAGCAUUCAGCAUUUUUGUUGUGUUCUGGUAUUUCCGCUGUUUCUAAAAAAAUAAUUGAGCCCUCCGAUUUUAUGACUCUGCUAACUAUGGAUGGACUGGGAUCUGGAGUGGAUAUUUUCUUGGCGUUUGACUAUUUGAUCCCCUCAACGACGAUGAACCGAUAUUUUAAGACAUUUUCUACACUGCUUGUUCUUUUUUCCCUUGUCGAGUCAGUGAAUACUUCUUGUCCAGCACCGCCCCGGCCUCCAGGCACCGAAUAUUCGGGCGGAAACUACGUACAAUUCAAUGAGGGUCAAACUAUCACCUACAACUGUACAUUUGGAUACCAAGUGAUAGGCCCCACCACCAGAAGAUGCACAGAGAACGGCACAUGGACGGGCACUGACAAUGUGUGUCGCAUUGAUGCGGUCUCCCUUGCCAUAGCCUGCUUUGUUGGCUUGUCGGCCAUUGUUAUCUUCAUAUUUUUAACAUGUUGUUUGUGUACCAGGAACCGGCGUGCCAGACGUAGGGCAGAGCAUCAUCUGACUAUUCAACGGCAAGGCAAAGAGGCGGGAGAUGAUGGAUUGAAUGGCCUGGGCGACCAGGAACCUAACCCUUACAAGAUGGUUCAGGUGUCAAAAGAACGGGUUGAUCGCAGUGACUCUGGACUACAGACAGAUCUCGAUAUGGAGGAGAUCGACCUGAAUAAUUUCGAUAUGGGGGAGCAAGUGGAUAGUCCCACAGAUAACAACCCACCUCAGGGUAAUGGCCUCAUGUUCAUUGAGGAAUAAGUGUUAUUGCAAAAGGUUAAUCCUAAAAUUUCUCUCUAGGAAAACAAGCACCAGAACAUGAAUACUUCGAACCUUGAUUUAUACGGGUGUCGAAAUGCUUUCAGAUGAGACUACCUGUGUCAAAGGUGUCUGUUAUUGUAAAGAUGUUUUGAACUGAGAGUAUAAAAUACCCCACAUUGGAAAAUAUUUACAUCAGUGACGUUGUUUAUAUUUUUAAUACAAACACUGCAAACCUGUAAAUACGCCUUAACAAGUACCUGAAACAAAAGAAAAUAGUCAACUGUCAGUUGUACUGCUUCAUACGUUUGUUUGCACAAAUUGGUGUCAACUUCAAAUGUAAAUUUAAGCGCCUUUCAACGUAAUCAAUUCAAUUUGGCUGAAGGGAAACUGCUAUGAGAGGAAAUCGACACAGUAACAUGUAGUUUAUCUGUAGCUUAAAUUAGAUAUAUGUCUUCUGUGAAAGUAUCAAAAGGCGUUUUACUGAUAAAAAUCGUGCAUAGUGCUAUGUUUGAGAAAGAUCGUCCCAAAAAUAUAAAACAAAAUAAAACAAGCAGGUACAUGAAGUAUACAGAGACAUAUCCGGUUCCUAGGGCCUGUUUUAUCAUCUUCAUGUCACUCUGCAUUGUAACUUGUAUUUCAGGGAAU